GCCAAAACAGGAAUUAUGCGCCACUGGCAUUAUUCUAUUUGGGUAAUUUUGGUGUUGCUUUUAUGGAAUAUCUCUUUGCUUUCCCGCCCCAAAAAGUUCAUUUUUAUAGCAAUAGGAAGCGCUCCAGAAAAUAGGAAUAGGAGAGAUGCCUGUAGAAGGAGUUGGCUUUCUUGGAGAUGCCCCACCGUUGCAUAUCGAUUUUUUACGGAACUGAAUACGGCCAACAGGGAACAGUCUGUUUCUCUGAACGUGGAACGUCAAACUUUACGUGAUAUCGAAUUUCAACCGUUUCCUCAAGGUAGACAAGUAAUGCAAGGAGCAAGGUUUCUCUAUCAAGCCGCCUGGGCUUUAGGCCACUACGAGUUUGAUUUUUACUUGAAGACAGAUGACGAUGUACUUCUUUGUAUUCAAAAGUUGCAGCACUUGUUGAGUGAAAAGAGGAACAAAUUUUUUUGGGGAAAAUAUUGGUGCAAGCAGGAUCGAAGUUAUCCAGAUGAAAGCUUUCUGUUGUUCUCUACUGAUCUCUUACGUUUUCUGGUAAAAAACCGGGAAUUUCUGUUGUUCGAUGAGGAAGUUUCUAUGGCAUGGAAUUUUGGAUUCUUGUCGAGGUUUUUAAAUAUUAGCAUUUUUGAUGAUAGGACCUGCAUCGAUUCACAGCAAGGAUACCUAACAUAUUUUAUGCAUCAACCUGGAUUCAACUUUACGAGGCAGAUAAGUUCUGACCUUUCAUUUUGCGAUAAAUACUUAUUUUCACAUCAUGUUGAGUCAACGAUCGAUAUGCGUAUUUUUAAGGAAAGCUCAAUCAUACCUCCUUCUCAUCGGAUAAUGAUACAGCAUCCACGUGAUACUUGCGGGACAAAUUAUUCUAUUAUUCCUUGUAGAAAAUCUCGUAAGCUACCUAGCAUACAGAUUCGUACAGUUUAGGAUGGUUAGGCAUUUUUGAUCUGCUGUUGGAUUCCUAAGACUCCUGAGUUUUAACAUGAGAAUAUUUGAUUCAUAAAGACCAUCUCUCAUUGAGAUGAGAGUCCUUCUGAGUGUUGAGUAAACAUUUAGAUAAAUUU